UUGCCGUUGAGGCGCCGAGCAGGAGCGUACAUGUGCCGCGUGUGCGUCUCGCCGGGAAUGUGAUGCGGGCUGGGAAUCCUGCCGGGCCAGGCAUCUCCCCUGCAGGGCAGCGGAGGCCAAACAGCAGCUUCAGGGGUCUCCUUCCCAUGGACUGUUCCUCCGGUCGAGCAAGGCUUCGAGGCAGCUGGUCUCCCGCACAAAACCCUCUCUUGCAUUGACAGCGCUUCUGCACCUUGCCACAAGUCGAGCAUCAAAGCUGCAGUGCCCAUGGGUUGUGACCACAGGGGAGUUGUGUUGCAUCUGCAAAUCUCUGCUGUACAUCAAGAGCACAUCUGAACAGAGCCGCUGUGGACACUGAAGAGCUGGAGAGGACGUUGCAGAGGUUCGGAGGCACACCGUGAUGGUGGGAGCCAUUCCACGGCAGCCACGCCGCUUCUGGGGGGUGCCUGACUGGCAGGUGUCUUCAGCUAAUUGUGCCAACGACCGCCUGCUGCAGGGCAGGGAGGUUAAUCCGGAGCAAAGCAGGGUCCUGAUGCAGAGGGAUGCUGUGCUGCAGAGCACCUCAUAGUAGAGGGCUCACACAGAGAUCCUGAGUGAGAGAGGACCCAUCUCACACCCCCUGCCCUUGCACCCUGACCUGUGGCACUUUACAGUCCCCCUCCUGCUGCUGCAUGGGCUCCACUGGGAGUCCCAGCAAGUGAGGCUCCAUGCGGCACAUCCACACAGAGACGUGUCUGCCCCCGGAGCGCAGCACAGACCCCAGCCUGUCCCGGCCCAGCGGGGAGACACCCUUGGAGCCUUCCUCACAGUGCUGCACCCACCGCAGCAUCCUCAUGGGCUACAAUGAGACAGAGAUCAAGCGCCAGAAGGUGUACCAGGUGUCCAUCUUCUCCCACCUCUCCAGCUCUUCUGAGAGCACGGAGCAGCGGGCAGGCACCCGGCCAGCUGUCAAGAGGGGAUACCCCGAGCAACGAACUCUGGAGGGGGGUCGAGAUCCAAAAAGAACUCACUGGGGUGACAAGGGGGUGGAUGGGGGCCCGGGGCAGCCUUCCCUGGAUGAUGAUGAUACCUUUGAGGAUGGUCUGCUGGUGGAGGAGCUCUCCCUUUGUGGCUCUGCCCAGCACUUCUCCCACAGUGGGCUGCGGGUGGUGGAACAUCGCUGUGAGGGCAGCCCUAGCCACAGCCCCAAGGCCAGCAGAGAGGACAAGUUGCAGGAUGUCUCCUCCACCUCCUCCUCCUCCACCUCCACCUCCACCUCCACCUCCACCUCCUCCUCCUCCUCCUCCUCCUCCUCCUCCUCCUCCUCCUCCUCCUCCUCCUGGCCCCGGCACAUUGCUUGCAGUACUUUGCACAUGAGAGACAGUUGCCCUGUCUCAUCAGGGGAUCAGCCCAUAGACUAUGGAGAGAAUGGGGAGCCAGCAAGUGGCCACAAUAUACUUCACCUUGAAUUGCACAGUAUUGCACAAACAACCCAGGUGGACCCGGGUGGGAAGAGAGAGAAGCCAGGGAGCAGCCCAUCUCACACCAGUAGGGCUAGCAGAGAAGCAGAAGGGCCAGUGGUGGCCAAUGGGUGCAGGGAGUCCCCUGUUCCGCAGACAGUGCUCAGCCCUGAGCCCAGCAACUUGAGCUCACAGGAGAUGACGCCCUGUGGGAGCAGCCAGCUCAGCAGCACCUGCCCAGCCAAAAGGAAGUUGCUGCCCGCUGGUGAGGUUAUGGCUGACUCCUGCUCUGAGGAUGAGAGCCUGUCCCCACCAGCAAGGAAGAAGAGGGUCCUGCCAUGCCAUCCUGUGCCCACAGCCUGCCGCAGCACGGAUGCCAAGGGAGCUCCAUUCUGGAAUCACCUGCUUCCUGCAGCCAAGAGCUCUUCAGAUUGCACCACAGUUGGGAGGAGGCUGAAGAGUGGGCUGCGCCUCAAAUCGCGACAUCUCCGAACCAGCCUUCGGAGGGGCACCAGGUCCCCUACAGCGCCCUGGGCCACCACCACUGUCAGCCAUGCUCUGCUGGGCAACUUUGAGGAGUCCAUCUUGAAGGGGUGCUUUGCACCAUCAGGGAGGAUCGAGGGUUUCACAGCAGAGAUCGGUGCCAGUGGCUCCUACUGUCCCCAGCAUGUCACCCUGCCUGUUGACGUCACCUACUUCGACAUCUCUGAACACAGCGCGCCCUCGCCUUUCCUGGGAGUGAUUGACUUGGAGGCCUUGGGAAAGAAGGGUUACAGUGUCCCCAAAGCUGGAACCAUCCAAGUGACCUUAUUUAACCCCAACAAGACUGUGGUGAAGAUGUUCUUGGUGACAUACGACUUCCAGGACAUGCCGGCCAACCACAUGACCUUCCUACGCCAUCGCAUCUUCCUGGUGCCCGUGGGGGAGGAGGAGGGGUCCACAGCAGCCCCCAGUGACCCACUGGGCACCAGCCCGCCCCGCAGGGUCCUCUGCUACCUGAUGCAUCUAAGGUUUCACAGCUCCAAGUCGGGGAAGAUCUACCUUCAUGAUGACAUUCGGCUGCUUUUCUCCCGCAAGUCGAUCGAGGUGGAUUCGGGGAUCCCCUACGAACUGAAAUCCUUCACAGAGAUGCCGCGGAACCCCUGCUACUCACCCCGGGCCUGACCUUCUUCACCCCAGACCCCAGGGCCACUGGGGAGCCUCCAGCCCAGCAUUUUGGGGAGAGAUGAGUAAAGGGCCAGCUCACACUGCUUUGAGAUAGCACCCACACUCCUGACCAGCAUGGACACCAAGCUCUGCAGCAGGGCUGGGAUCACCCAGGGGGCUUCACCAAGAGGGGCAGAGGCUGAGGAGCAGCCCUGGCACUGCAGGGACAUGCCCAAGCCUGCUGCUGGCACUGCUCCCAGCUUGGAGCCUUUGCUGUGGCUGAGGUGGGUGGGUGUGAAGAGCUGGACUGGAGCUGUGAGUAAGACCACCCACACAGGCCCCAGGUCAGGGAGCAGAAAGCGUGGAAGAGUUUGUAUUUAUUAGUAUUUAUUGUUGCUGGGAGCACAGAGGAGGCUAGUGUAGAGGAUCAGAGGUGCUGUGCUUGUUCUUCCCCCCAGCCUUGCCUGCACCAGGCUGCCUGUGUUCGAGCAGGGCUGUGGGGACUGCGAGAAUGACUAGGGACAAGGAUGCCUCAGCCCAUGCAAGGGAGUGUGACCCAGUGUUCACACAGGUUGCAGGUCAGGGGUGUGUUAAAAGCCCUGUGACAGGCUGAGCCUCUCUGGCACCAGCUUUGCAGGGCCAGCCCAACUCCAAGCAGUUUGAGGAGGCUGCACUUAUCUUCAGUGUUUUAGGGCAAGCCAGACCCCAAGAGGCCUAUGGCUGUCAAGGAAGUGGCCACUGCCAGGUUCCUGAAGGUAAGACACACAGCUGCCACGUGGAUGGGGACCUGGGGCUCUUUGCAGGAAUAUGGGGAUAGCCCUCUGGGCAAGAGCCUCCAGAGCACGUGAGCUGUGGAUCUGAGAAGAUUGCCAAAAUAAAAGGAACCUUGCACUGUCUUUGGGUGUGGGGUGAAUCCCAUGCAGGAGGCAGCUUUGGGCAGGUGUCUGCCAGCAGCAUGAUCAGAGGCGGGAGGAUGGUCAGUAGCCCCAGCUUAGUCCUUGGGAAGCGGGGAAGCAACAGAGAAUAUCAAACUCUGGGAGCUGGGCUGGAUCCUCAGGAGCAGCAGGACUGGAGAAUCCAGACUGGGGCAGUCAGAGGGGAAGGGCCAAGGGUUAAACAAACUUGCACAUGCCCAGUCUGUAUCGCCCCUCUGCCCUCUGAGGGUCUCAGCAAGGCUCCCCCUGCCAGCCCAAGCUGAGGGGAUACUCAGCCCUUCCAUCACAAGAAACAAGAAGGGGAGAGGCCCGACCCCAUCAGCUCCCACCCCUGGGGCUGAGACCCC